AUGAAUAUACUCGAGAAACUAGACCCACCAACCGACUAUAUAGGGCAAUACACUGCAAACAGAGUAAUGCACACCCUUCUCUUGCUCGGUGUUCUAUCUUCCCUUCUUGCAGGAUACAUAUACAAAGACAUAUUUUUGCUGGGGUACAUAUACGCAGGAGUUUGCGCUGUAACGAUAGCCCUCGUAGUCCCUGCCUGGCCAAUGUACAGGCGAAAUCCCGUUUGGGCGAUACCAAGCAAAAGCAAGAAAGAGUAG